UUCCGGACAGGUCUCGCUUGCACCUGCAUCUACCCCCUGGAAUUCUUUAAGAGUCGAACUACCGACAAGUCAUACUAAGAAGCUUUGAACCAAGGCUUAUGGUUUGGGAAAGUUUGAGGAAAAAAAUCAUACUAAUACAGGAAUCGACAUGAACUCAAAUAUAGUCGAUCGCAGCAGAAGAUUAGGCCCGCAUCAAACCGCAUCACAUCACAUCACAUCACAUCAUAUCGUAUCAUAUCGGCAUCCAAACACCUCGCACCUUCAAUUACCACCUCCGCGCGUUGUCGCCAGUCCGGUCGCCAUUGAUGCUGCUCAGAGUGUCACUGGUCGACUGUCCGAGGCCCUUGGUCGUGUUUCCCACGCCCUCACUGGCUCCUCCGACCGUCUUGCCCAAGCCUUCGCCCACGCCGCCCACAGUCUUCCCCAGACCCUGAGUAGCUCCGCCGACCGUCUGGCCUACUCCGCCGACAAGACCGCCGACCGUAUCUGUGAGGCCUCCGACAGUCUUGCCAAGGGUGUCUGUCAGCCCUUGCAAGAGGUUGACUAGUUAGCCCAGAUUAGCAACCAGUGGGCGGCAGAUUU